CCCAAGGAGAAGCCGAAAGCCGAAGCGGCGCCGAAACCUCGUCAGGCACCGACCGAUGAAGCGCAGAUGGCGGCGGCGGCGGCGCUGGCCCGGAUGGAGCUGAAGCCCAAGGCCAAGCUGCCCUCCUCCCAGGAGGCCAUCAAGAACCAGGUGAGAAAAGAGCUGAUGGCUGAGGCAGCUGCGAGCGAGAAAGGGCUCUCCGCGGAGGAAGAGGACCCCCCAUCCCCAGACCAGGAAGGGGCAGCUGCCCCCUCGGUUUCAGGGGUCUAUUUCAUUUGCCCGUUGACCGGUGCAGUUGUAAGGAAAGACAAGAAGGAAAAGCACAUCAGAGAAGCCAUCCGGUCGUAUUUCUCCGUAGACCCGGUGGCUGCCUCGAUCAUGGAGAUUCACACCUUUAACAGGGACCAGGAGAGAGUACGAGUGGGCGUGGAGACCAUGGCCAAAUACUUGGAUAACAUCUAUCUCCAUCCAGAGGAGGAGAAGUACCGGAAAAUCAAACUGCAGAACAAAGUGUUUCAGGAAAGGAUAAGCUGCCUGGAAGGGAUACACAGAUUUUUCCAGGCUAUCGGGUUUGAGACAAAAACACUGCCUGUUCCAGGACAAGAGACCACAGAGGAGUACUACGUACUGAAGGAAGAAAUGCUGACCAAGUUGGAAGACCUCAAGGACUACAAAGAGCAGCUUUUAAGCUCUGAGCCUGUCAGAGCCCAGCUAGAUCGCCAGCUCUGUGUAUUUAAACCGUCACCUGAAGCUGCUCGGUUUGAGCUGCCGAACGACUUUUACAACCUCACUGCAGAAGAGAUCAAACGAGAGCAACGGCUCCGGACAGAAGCAGUGGAGAAGGCUUCGAUGCUGAGGACAAGAGCCAUGCGAGAGAAAGAAGAACAAAGGGAAAUGCGGAAGUACAACUACACCCUGGUGCGAGUCCGGUUUCCCGAUGGAUACAUCCUCCAAGGGACUUUUUAUGCACGAGAAUCGGUAUCUGUGCUCUACAGCUUUGUGAGAGAAGCGCUCAGAGAUGACUGGCUGCCCUUUGAGCUGUUGGGACCCGGAGGUCUCAAACUGACUGAUGAGAAUUUGGCCUUCAAUGAAUGUGGGCUGGUGCCCUCAGCCCUCCUGACUCUCGCCUGGGACGCAGCAGUCAUGGCAGACAUUCAGGCGUCGGGAGAAGAGCAGCCAGCAAGCCCCCUGAAACCAGAACUUCUCUCCAGAGUCCAGACACUGUCAUGAAAUAAAGGGGAGUGGAUUCAGUGCUGGUGGUUUUAGACUGUUCCCUCAUUUUCCCCAGACAGACUGUUGGAGCUUCCAGCUACGUGACCUCAGAAAUGACUUUUGUUUUAGCGCUGCAGAGUGGGAGUCUAGAUUCUGCCAUGUCGCACCAACCUUGCGGUCACCUCCACAACUCCGGUAGCCACACGCUAAGGCAGUCUUGCCCAGUAAGACACUCACAGGACUGCUCUGAAUGGCUUUAAAAACCAAGUUCUAGCAGUGACUGCUUGAGGUGUUUCCAAGACCAUGAUGAAGCACCACUCUCCUCCCUUGGAGGAGGGAUUAGGUGCUAGUACUAGGCUGGAUUACCAAUCGAUUGAGCCUGGAUAUCAGGCUGGGCUUAGAACUCGGCUUCUCCUUUUGCUUCUGUGUGCACCGUAACUCCUAUUGGAGAGAAUAUAUUUAGAUAAAGUUAUGCUUACUCUGAUUAAAUGGAAUAUUUAAAGACUCA